AUGCUCUGGAUCGACGCCAUCUGCAUCAACCAGGCGGACAACGAGGAGAAAAACCUCCAGAUACCUUUGAUAAAUCGGAUUUAUUUUCAGGCAGAGCGCACGCUCGUCUUCCUGGGGGACGAAAACCGGACCAAGAUCACGCAGCUGUUCGACUUUCUUCGAAGACGCGAUGCCAGCGGUAACAAGGCGCCGCACCCGGCCGAACUUACAGAAGAGCAGAGGAUUCAGUUCCAAGGGGAGCUGUCGUGGAUAUUAUCCCUUUCAUGGUUCACCAGGGUGUGGGUGCUCCAAGAGAUGGCUGUGUGCAAACGAUCGGUAGUUAUGCUGGGCGCCGAGACUCUCGAUUGGCGUUCCCUAUCAUUCGGCAACAUAUAUUCGCUUGGCUUGAAUCCCGUUAACAUGGAAAAGGACUUUCCACGGGCUCUGCAACUGUCUCAUAACGACAGAAAACCAAUCAAGGAUCUGGCAUCAUUGCUGACUAUCGCCCGUUCUUGCUCGUCGACGGAUAAACGCGACAGGAUAUACGCCUUGCUUGGUAUCUUCAAGAACAGGGAGAACAUCAGUAUCUCGGUGGACUAUAACAAACCUGUUGAAGAGCUGUACACUGAGGUGGCCUGGCAAGUUAUCGAGGCCUACAGCCAUCUGGAACUGUUGUCCGAGGCUUGGACGAGGAUCGAGAAUGUCGCAAGUCUCAAACUGGAACAGACUAUCAGACUGAGGAAGAAAAUACUCGAAAUCAGUCUGAAUGGCUCUCUAAAUUCCAAACACGAGGAUGACAAGCUUUUAUAUGAAUGGGUGGUUAGCAUUUUGGAGAGAGAAUCGCCUUCCGCUGCAUGCACAGCACGUUGCACUGCAAUGCUCGAAGCAGUAAGCUCUCUACAAGCCGAGGUUGAUCGGAAAUCAACAGCAACAACCCCAGAGGAAAAUACGACAGUUCAGGAAUUGGCACAGUCUGCAAUGGAGCGAGUGCAGCUGUUCCAAGAAAGUCUGAGCCCGUUCGUUCCUACCGAAUUUCAUGGCAUCUGUGAGAAUCCAAGGUUCCGGGGUAUACCGUUAGCCGGGCUACCAUCAUGGGUACCGGACUACUCGCGGCACCCUUACUUGCAUUCCCUCGCUUCAUGGAACUCCAAGGUGACGAGGCUGGCGAGGAAUGAAUCAGUGGCGCAAAUAUCCAACAGUAAAGGCCCGCGGCUCAGGGUGUCAAUGCUUGAAGUGGAUCAUGUCAAGGCUGCCGAUGGUCAGAGCAUUACAAACCAAGAUACAGCGAGGUUCUUGUUACGAAAGCAACGUUCUUCCGAGAGACGGACACUGCGGCCCUACUGGGUUCCUGUGCGUUGGCUACCCAUCGGGCCAGACGAGUUUGCUACAGACAAAAAUGUCCCCGGUAUACAGACGCACGACCGAGACCGGUUCUGGGAGACAUUCGAGCCAGAACUGGAGAGAUCUGGUCAUGGAGCGAACAUUGACGCCCUACGCAGAUUUUCCACCGGCAGAACUAUCGUGCUGACGAAGGACUCGUUUGCAAUCGCACCUCAAGGAAUCCGUCCUGGCGAUGUCAUCGGCUUUGUUCGUGGAGCCAGCGUCCCGUUUCUUCUCAGACCGGCGGAAAGCGAGGACGGGUUGCCAGCCUACACACUUGCCGGAGAAUGCUACCUGCACGGGACGAAGGGACCCAAGAUCGCCAACGACUACAUGGACCUCCUAGGAAUAUUCAAACACAGCUUCAACUGCACGGACCAGCAAGACCUGCCGUGGAAGGAUGCCUACCUGGUGUGA